CCUGACAGCAGGCCGGCCCAGAUAUAGGAGUAGUGGGGAGUGGGAUUUAUCGUCUCUGUUCCGGAGGUGACAUCAGCUCCGCCACGUCCAAUGCCUCUGCAAUCACUGAGAGUUUAGACUUUGCUUGUCCUCCUGUGAAGGAGUAAUGGAAUCAGAGAAGAGAUAUGUGAGAUACCGGUAGUGGUCUCAGCUUGAAAUCCCCCUCGCAAUGGUGAAUGUCUCAUUCAGAAAUAUCCAGGCCAUGAACGUGAUGUUCUCCUCCUGGGCCUUAGUGUUCAUGGCAAUAGGAGUCCUCACAGAAGAAUGGGUUGAACUGACACUGGAAACAAAGAAAAAUACAAUAAGCCACAGCCCCUGGAUAUGUUGUACCACUCUUUGGCCAGAAGAUGGCCUGGAAGUGGUCAGGAUCAUGAUGAUUUUGGUUCUCAACCUUUCUCUCUUCCAUAACUUGUUCCUGGGUUUGGAAGUCACUUAUCUGAUUCCUUCAACUAAAUGUAUCCUCUUCAUCACUGCCUUCCUCAGUUUCCUCACAGGUAUCCUCCUGCUCUGUGCACUCCUCCUGUAUCAUCAAAAGCUAAGGCAAGGUCGAUCUGUGUACUACUCUAGUUACAAAAUCAGCUGGAUCAUCGUCACUGGCUACUUAAGCUUUUGCCUUUUUAUGGCCUCUGGAACCAUGUCUUUGCUAGAGUGCAAGCAGUCCACCAAGAUUUGUGCCUGCGUGACCCUCCUCCCUACCUCUCAGAGAGAAAGUCAGGACGUAGAGGAGUCGGAGGGUUCUGUUGUUUCUUCACCAAAGGCAGCCAUGCCUCGUAGUAUUGUUCACACAAGGGAAGAUUCUCCAGACAGACCACAAUUCCAAAUGCGCCGUGUAACCUGGGCUCUAUGAUUUGACAUUCGAUCUUUCAGUACAUUCAUAGCGUAAUGGAAACCGCUUUGCCUAAUGCGCUGUGUCUCUCUACAGCCGUAUUGUCUUUGUUCGGCAUUAUUUAAUGACUGUGCCUGGGUGGGUGUUUGUAAGAAGAUCCAAAGGGUGACUUUUUUUUUUUUUUAAUCCUGGCCUGCUGAACAAAUAGUUUCUAUUUGUUCUUACCAUUUAAGAACAUGUGUUAUUCACACAAUAAAUAUUAUCUUAUAACUAAUACUUGCCGUAUUGUUAACUAUAUACACCACAAAGAUU